CGAACCAACAAAAGCCCAUGAGAUACAAAAACUAAGUUAUAAGACAAUACGCUUUCUAGGGUUCACAAGACAAGUCCCUUUGGUGCUGCAUUUUGGUGGAGACUUCACUUGAUUUUCCGCAAUUUUCUUCCAGCAGCCAUGAUUAUCCCAGAGAAGAAUAGAAGAGAGAUCUCCAAAUACCUCUUCCAAGAGGGAGUAUGUUUUGCCAAGAAGGACUACAACUUGGCGAAGCAUCCAACUAUCGAUGUGCCGAACCUACAGGUGAUAAAGCUGAUGCAGAGCUUCAAGUCAAAGGAAUACGUUCGUGAGACCUUUGCUUGGAUGCAUUACUAUUGGUAUCUUACGAAUGACGGCAUUGAGUUUCUGAGGACUUACCUGAAUCUUCCUUCCGAAAUUGUCCCUGCUACACUCAAGAAGUCUGCUAAGCCACUUGGUCGUCCCAUUGGUGGCCCUCCAGGAGACCGACCCCGGUAUAAUUUUAUGAAAAGAUGCUGGCACAAUACGUAUGAAGAGCCUGUCUGCCUUAUCCAUCCUAAUAAUCAGGGCAAUGAAGCAUCUCAUCUAUCUUACUUCUCGAUUAAGCAGCCCUUUCUUUAUAGAAUCAAGUUGAAUUCAGCUGUUACCAUCAAUCGAAUAAUCUUGUUCGAGAGUGGACCACCUAGGUUUGAGGGAGAUAGACCAAGGUUUGGUGACAGGGAUGGUUAUCGUGCUGGUCCAAGAGGUCCACUGGGUGAGUUUGGGGGUGAAAAGGGUGGAGCUCCAGCUGACUACCAGCCUGCAUUCAGAGGUGGUGGUGGAAGACCUGGAUUUGGGCGUGGGGCUGGAGGUUUCGGUGGCGCACCCCCUAGCUCAAGCUUCUCUUAGAUCGAUACUUUCUUAUUGUAGCUAGUUUUGAUAUUACAUGUUGGGAUUGAUUUGCGGCGCAAUUGGUCGAAUAGGGGCUUUAACUUUCUUGGAUUUUAGACGAUUCGAGAUUUUGCAUUUAUUGUU